AGUGGCUGGAGCAGAGAGGUGGGGUAGAACAGCGGGAGCUGUGCGGAUGGGUGAGGUGCACAUGUGCCUGCUCAGACCGGCCAGAAAAGCCAAACAUAGGAAACUGCCUAUGUACAGAACAAAUCAGCUGAAGGGGUUCUUAUUAAUCUGCCGUCUGUGACUUUCGUUAUUUUUCAGGCACCCUACCCUCUUCCACCCGAGCUCUUUCGCAGGACUUCUUUUGGACGGGGCAGGGGGAGAGAGUGCUCCCGGAGUAGACUCCUGCAGAGGUCACUUUCUGGGCGCGGGGUCGUCCCCAGUGUCUGAGAAGCGCUACAAAGCAGCCGCUGUGCUCUCUGAACGGCCUCCCCUUGUAUCGCUUAAUUGAGAAGGUAUACAAAUGCUCUCAGUCCAGCCAGACACCAAGCCGAAAGGUUGUGCUGGCUGCAACCGAAAGAUUAAGGACCGGUAUCUUCUAAAGGCACUGGACAAAUACUGGCAUGAAGACUGCCUGAAGUGUGCCUGCUGCGACUGUCGUUUGGGAGAGGUGGGCUCCACCCUGUACACUAAAGCUAAUCUUAUCCUUUGUCGCAGAGACUAUCUGAGGCUCUUCGGUGUAACAGGAAACUGUGCUGCCUGUAGUAAGCUCAUCCCUGCCUUUGAAAUGGUGAUGCGUGCCAAGGAUAAUGUUUACCACCUGGACUGCUUUGCAUGUCAGCUUUGUAAUCAGAGAUUUUGUGUUGGUGACAAAUUUUUCCUAAAGAAUAACAUGAUCCUUUGCCAGACGGACUACGAGGAAGGUUUAAUGAAGGAAGGUUAUGCACCCCAGGUUCGCUGAUCUAUCAACAUCACACCGUUAAGAAUACAAAGUACUACAUUCUUUUAUCUUUUUUGCUCCACAUGUACAUAAGAAUUGACACAGGAACCUACUGAAUAGCGUAGAUAUAGGAAAGCAGGAUGGUUAUAUGGAAUAAAAGGCGGACUGCAUCUGUAUGUAGUGAAAUUGCCCCCGUUCAGAGUUGAAUGUUUAUUAUUAAAGAAAAAAGUAAUGUACAUAUUGCUGGAUUUUUUUGCUUGCUAUUUGUUUUUGUGUCACUUGGCAUGAGAUGUUUAUUUUGGACUAUUGUAUAUAAUGUAUUGUAAUAUUUGAAGCACAAAUGUAAUACAGUUUUAUUGUGUUACCAUUUGUGUUCUGUUGUUCUUUGUAUUGUUGCAGUUAGUACAAUCAGUGUUUAAACUUACUGUAUAUUUAUGCUUUCUGUAUCUACCAGCUAUUUUAAAUGAGCUGUAACUUUCUAGUAAAGAACUGAAGAGGAAAUCUCACUAAUGAAAUACAUAUAGAUAAAGCAAGUCUAUCAACAAUAAAAAUAGUAAAACUACACACACACAACAUUUUAGCAACAUCCACUAUAAUUGCCACUAUGAUUUAGAGUCUAUCAGUCUUCUCAUCACAACCCCCUAUUUUCAGGGGGUUAAAGAUCAGCUUUAAAAAAAGUGCAUAAAAAUUUCAUCUUAAAGCACUUUCAUUUUAUACCAACGUGAAAAGUGCCAUUUUAAAAAUAACUUUAAAGCUUAAAGCUUAACAGUUAUACUUCUACGAUCCGUGUGGUGUGUGUAUGUGUGUGUGUGUGUGUGUGUGUGUGUGCUCAUUAUCUACACAAUGGCUUCAUUUUAUUUGUUUGAGCCAUUCACCCCUUAUGUGAACUAGUGCCUUUGGGUAUCAUGUAAAUUUUUUCCAAAGGGUUACUUUAGGAAAGUGUUACACAAUUGUGAGAUAAUUGUAAAAUGAUAAAUUUCUUGUACAAAUUUUGCCUGAAUCUCUCCAUAAGAGCUAAAGGUUUAAUAACUUUAUAACUUGAUAAAUUUCUGGCACUGAAAGAAUUUGAGUGCAAAUCUCCUGAAACCAUGAUAAUGCACACUGAAGCUAUAUUUGAGUAGUGAGGUUCCUUUUGACCAGAGCAACCUAGUGCUCACAGAAUCUUCUAGAAGAGAAACAGAGGGAUUGGUAAAAAAAAAAAAAAAAAAACUGAUAACUGGUGAUUAUAUAUUUUUCUGUAUUUACCUGAUACUUAUUUGAAUGUUCAAAAGUGAACACUUUAAAAGUUUGAUGUGUCUUACUUACUCUCAUUCUUUCCUUAAGUCAUUACCCACUCAGAAUAUAUCACUUAGGCUAAAAUCUAUUAUUCCAUUUUUGAAAGCUGAAAAACUCUCCUCUUCCUUUCAUGAUAGCUGAUGAAGUAGAAAGCUUUCUAGAAACAAAUUAUGGAAACUGGUUAUUUAAAUUACAAUUAAGGAAAUAAAAAUGAGACUGUGAUCUCUUCUCCUGGGUUGCUCACCGUUUGCUUCUGUUUCCUGUAAUAGAACUACUUUUCAACAAAAUAAUUCCACACAGGCACAAUGAAGCAUAGUGUUACUAGAGCAAAUUUCGCACUGCGGAUUUUUCUUUUUUCUUUAUUUUUCUCUCAAUCACUUAUAUAGAAACCAAUAUUUCCCCAAUAUGCAAAAUACGUUAUUUGCAUACAUAUUUUGUCCUGCCAAUAAUACAUGCAUUGCAGGUGAAAAUGAAAUGUGAUAACCUGAAUUCUUGGUUUGGGGCCAAAAUAGUAAGCUGAAAAUAAUGCUGUGUGGAUUUGAGUUGUUUUAAAACAAAGUUUUCCUAUGACCAUGCAUGUGAAUCUGGAUAUUGCCUCUUAUUUUUAAGAAAAUGGUUCUGUGAAAAGUGAAUGAUCUGUAUUUUUACAAAUGCUUCAUGGUUAAGAGUGUUCAUGUCACCUGUCCCCCAGAUUUGAGAUAUACUGAAAAAAAAAUUUUUUUUUUCAAAAUACCUAGUUGGGGCCUAAAAAAUAACUAUUAUUUUAGCCUUAGAGCCUUACAUUUGUUUCCUGAAGAGACUUGCAUAGCAGAAACCAAAACAGAAGAGCAAAUAGGAGGAGUAAGGGAGAUAGUGUGAAGUGGUUCUCCUAACACAGCCCUGCUAGUCCCCAGUGAGAGUUGUUUACCGCUCAUGUGGAUGUAAAAUUUUAAUUAUCAGUAUCUUUACCGAGUGAUCUUUCUUAGAUUUAAAUGGUUUGCAUAUGUUUAUCAAUAUGUCAAAAUACUUGCAAAUUAGGGACAAACUUUUCUAAGUUUCCUGAAGCUGUUCGAUUACCAGAAGACCACACAAGGUUUUUUUUUUUACUGACUUUUUGUUUGCUAAAUCCUCUGGGAAUUAAUUCUUACGCUUUUUGCUACAAACAAAAUUACUCACCUGGAUUAAAGAUUAAGGCCUUAAUCUCCUUAGAUUAUCUUUAAUCUCCGUGAAAUUGUGAGACAAGACAGAAAUAGGCCAUUUUGCAGCUAAUUGCCCAGAAAGAGAAGCAUUUUUGACCUGAAGUGCUCAACAGAUUGUCUUGAUUUACUCAAAGUCCCAGAGUUAUUGUCAACUUUUUUCUCUGUAUUGUGUAGCCCUGAUGUCACUUAGCUUGUUAUCUGACGCAUCCAGUCUGACACUGGAUCUUUGAUUUCUCAAGCAGCGAAAGCACCCUUCCUAACAUGUGUCUCGUAAUAGGCUGCCUGUGAUGAAGGGGCAGGUCCCUCCACUUCACCGGAGUGCUGGCUGAAUUUAAAAGCUGACCUGUGUUUGUAAUUUUCACUUUCAUCUUGCUUAAUAAAUAUCCGCUGGAUUCUUGCAUUCAUAUUUUA